AUGUCAUUUAUCAUUAGAAGACAGUUAUCUACUUUAAUCCCACCAAAGAUUGCCUCUGUUAAGAGUCUUGGAUCUAAUCCAAACGCUAAGAAGAUGGCUGAAGUUGUUUCUUUCUAUAAGAAAUUACCACAAGGACCAGCACCAAAGCCAAAGGCUCCAACCACUCCAUGGGGUAAGUAUUAUGCUGCUUAUUUUGAAGGUGACAAUGCCUCUGGUAAGCCAUUGAUCCAUUUGGCUAUUUUAAUUGUCGUUGUUGGUUACACUUGGGAAUACCAAUCUCACUUGAAACAUCACAAGCAUUAA